AAAGAUCACUAUCAAGAAUAGCAUAUCAGAAUUAUUGGAUCAUGUCCAUGUAUUUGAGGUGGUAAAGAUCACUGUCAAGAAUAGCAUAUCAGAAUUAUUGGAUCAUGUCCAUGCAUUUGAGAUGGAAAAGAUCACUGUCAAGAAUAGCAAAUCAGAAUUAUUGGAUCGUGUCCAUGUAUUUGAGGUGGUAAAGAUCACUAUCAAGAAUAGCAUAUCAGAAUUAUUGGAUCAUGUCCAUGUAUUUGAGGUAGUAAAGAUCACUGUCAAGAAUAGCAUAUCAGAAUUAUUGGAUCAUGUCCAUGUAUUUGAGGUGGUAAAGAUCACUGUCAAGAAUAGUAUAUCAGAAUUUUUGGAUCAUGUCCAUGUAUUUGAGGUGGUAAAGAUCACUGUCAAGAAUAGCAAAUCAGAAUUAUUGGAUUAUGUCCAUGUAUUUGAGGUAGUAAAUAUCACUGUCAAGAAUAGCAUAUCAGAAUUAUUGGAUCAUGUCC